UCGCUUUAUUGGACACAAUCACAUUUUCGAUCAGCACUGUAACGCCUUCGCGAAGUUGCUAUUUUGAUCGACUAGUUCCGCGUGGACUGUCAGCGGCAACUAGUUCGUCAACAACUGCGCUCAGUAGUGCACGUGGUGGCCGCCGCACACAGCUCACAUCCGUGUCGCCUGUUUCUCAUUCACACGCCGAGUCCGCCGAGGAAAAUGGGUCCCCUGCGCUGGGGCAUUGCGAGUGCGGGCAAGAUUUCGCACGACUUUGCGAACGCUGUCAACACGCUGCCGGCCACCGAUCACCAGCUGGUGGCCGUGGCCGCCCGGAAGCUGGAGGAUGCUCAAAAGUUUGCCCAACAGCACGCCAUCGGCACGGCGUACGCGGGCUACGAAGCCUUGGCGAAGGACCCGAACGUCGACGUCGUGUACAUUGGCUCGGUCAACAAUGCGCACUACGAGAUCGGACUGUUGAUGCUGGACCACGGCAAGCACCUGCUGUGCGAGAAGCCGCUCUGCAUGAACGAGGCCCAGGCCAGCCGGUUGCUGCAGCGCGCCGCCGACCGGAAGCUGUUUCUGAUGGAGGCGAUUUGGUCGCGCUUUUUCCCGCACUACCGCGCGGUACGCGAGCGCAUCGGGCGCGGUGAGCUGGGCGAGGUGCGCGAGGUCGAGGUGCACUUUGGCUUCCAGCUGACGGACGUCGAUCGGCUGCGGUUGAAGAGCCUGGGCGGUGGCACUACGCUGGACCUCGGCGUGUACACCAUCCAGGUGUGCCUGUGGGCCUUCGGUGGCGUAGCACCGACGAAGAUCGUCGCAUCGGGCAUCACGAACGAGGAGGGCGUCGACAUGGAAGUCACCGCGGAACUGCACUUCCCGGGCGGUGGCAUCGGGCGGAUGAAGACCAGCGCGCUGAAGGAGCUGAAAAACACGGCCACCAUCACCGGCACCAAGGGCAGCAUGACGCUGCACACAUUUUGGUGCCCCCUCACGCUCACGGAUCUGGAUGGCAAGGUGCGCGAGGACACGCUGCCCACCGCGCGCCACCCGUUCAACUUCCACAACAGCUGCGGUCUGCGGUACGAGGCGGACGAAGUGGCCCGCUGCAUCCGGGCCGGCAAGCUGCAGUCGGAGACGGUGUCGCACGCGGACAGUGCACUGAUUGCGCGCAUCGAGGACGAAAUCCGGAAGCAGGUCGGUGUGACCUUUCCGGAAGACACCCAAUUUGCGCCGUAAAUUGGAGCAGCCCGGUCGGCGGAAGCGACUUGUCAGAAGGCGAAGGCGAAAACGCGUUGGGAAACAUGAAAUUAGUGUGUUCUGCUUGAGAUAUAAUUAUUUUUGCAAUUUUGUAUUAAAAUUUGU